AACAUUUCUACGACACCGUCGAAUUGUUAGGAAGACCUGGGCGCUAUUAUAGUACGUGCUCUAGGAACGCUCCAACUGUUUGCUCGCAAAGGUGUAACUAAUACCGUUUCUCCAACAAAAAUCCAAGUCAAAGAUUGCCCCCGCUCCUGACUGCUGACGUUUUGCAUCGCACUGUGGGCGUAUUAUUGGGGACCUGAGGUGCAUUAUGAGGAGAGGGAAUCGUCCGGGCUACGAAAUAGGGGGAAACGAUAAUGGCAUUCUCGAGUCUCGUUUCGAGUGGCGUUCUCGGCUGCCGCCACCGCCCAGCAACGCGGAGGGAAAUAGAAAUAUAGAUUUAACGUUUGGGAAAUGGGCAUAACAGACACCCCGGAAGCCGUAACAGAUUAUUACCGAAAUUUAUAUCAGAACCGAUGCCUGGGGCUUUUUGCGGAAGCUCACAAUGUUUUGCAAUUUAUCUUUUACGUGUGCACGUCAAUUAGAAGGGAUUAAUCUUAUCUGACUGUGACGGGCAGGUGACACUAUUCCAUCAAAUAUUUACUCAACUUAUGCUUAGUUGUCAGUGAAAUUAUGGCAACAUUUAAAUUUAAGCUUUGUCAGUUCGGUCAUAAUUUUUGUUGCUGUUUCAAUAACUAGAAAAUGUUUUGUAUGAAAUUAAAAAAUAUUGUGUCACUAUUGUUUCGUAAAAAUCCAGAUCUUAGUAUUCGAGAACAACAUGCGGGUGCGGGUAAACAAAAAACGGAAUAUAUCACGCUAACAAAAUUCAUAAUGGCCGAACAAAAGAAGAUUCCACAUGCAACUGGAGAUUUUACACAACUACUUAACAGUCUGCAGACUGUGGUGAAAAUUGUGGACAUUGCAGUUAGGAAAGCUGGUAUCACUCAAUUGUUUGGUUUGCAUGGAACUACUAAUUUUCACGGACAACUCCUAAGGAAACUCGAUGUCCUCUCCAACGAACUUUUCAUUAAUAUGUUAUCAUCUUCUUAUACUGUUGGAGCUAUGGUCUCCGAAGAAAACGAGAAAAUUAUUGAGGUAGCUCCGGAAACUCGUGGAAAGUAUUUAGUUUGUUUCGAUCCUUUGGACGGCGCUUCCAACUUGGACUGUUUAGCAUCAAUUGGUUCCACGUUUGGAAUUUACAAAUUGGAACACAACGAUAAUCCCACAGUGAAUGACUUCCUACUCCCAGGAAGAAGAUUGGUCUCAGCAGGUUAUGCGCUGUACGGCAGCGCUACAGCAAUUGUACUUUGUAGUGGUAGUGGUGUCAAUGGCUUCAUGCUGGAUCACUCAAUCGGGGAAUUCCUACUCACUGAUCCUAACAUGAAGAUUCCGAAAAAGGGUCGUUUUUAUUCGGUUAAUGAGGGACACAGGGCUUCUUGGCAGGAAGCAGUCAAGCAGUAUGUGGACUCAAAGAAGGAUCCUUCGAAAAACAAGCCGUGUUCGUUAAGAUACGUUGGAAGUCUGGUUCCUGACAUACACAGGACCCUGAAAUUUGGGGGAAUAUUUAUACAUCCAACUACAGAAAAAUCACCAGCAGGAAAGUUGCGGCUUCUUUAUGAAUGCAAUCCAAUGGCGUUCAUCGUGGAACACGCUGGAGGCGCAGCUACAGAUGGAUAUAAUCCAAUUUUGGACCUUGUUCCGGAUCAAAUUCACCAUCGGACACCAUUUUUCAUUGGAUCUCAAGAAGAUGUGAGCGAACUAAUACAAACAUUUAAGCAAUUCCAACCAAAGCAGUAACUUUCAAUACUACUAGAGACCUCUAUUUAGAGCUGGCAACUGCAACCGUAGCAGUGAGUAGAAUUCUAUGUUAUUGAAAUGGUUUAUAUUAAAAUAUUACGCAGCAAAUCAUAAAGCAAAUUUAAUUAAUAA